GUAUCCUUCCUAGGAAAGUGAUGAAGAUUCACAAAGAGAAGAGCAGAGUGCAGAACCUUUCACAUUGGCACAGGAAAGUGAUGAAGAUGCCCAAGGAGAAGGGCAGAGUGGAGAACCUUUCACAUUGGCACAGGAAAAUGCCCCUCAAGAAAUACGUGAUGAUAUCCACUCUCAUGGACUAACGGAAGGGCAAAGUUGCAUCUCUAUUUUCUCCUUUGCAUUGAGACACAACACUACUGGUGUAUUGAUGGAAGACCUGCUGAAACUUCUAAAGUUACAUUCUGCUGGGACAAAUGCAGUACCAUCAAGCAAGUAUUUUUUGGAGAAACCAUUAGCUGGUAUUAUAGAUCAAUUAAAACGCCAUCAUUACUGCAGAGUAUGUACUAAGUACCUUGGCACUUUACAAUCACAAGAAGAAACACUUACAUGUGUGUCAUGUUCCUCGUCCAUAACAGUAAAAGACAGUUUACAGGAAGGACAUUUCUUUAUCAGUAUUCCAUUAAAGGAUCAACUGAAGGAUGUUCUUGAGAAUCAAGGUAUGCACGAUCUCUGUUUUCGUCCUGAUGAUAGUAGUAGGCAUGUAAUAAGUGAUAUAUGUGAUGGCACCUUAUAUCAGACCUUGAAAUCUAACAGUGAAGAGGAUUUCCUCUCCCUUACAUUUAAUUGUGAUGGUGUACCAGUCUUUCAGUCCUCUAAAUUGAGUAUUUGGCCUAUACUGUGUUGUGUUAAUGAGAUACCCCCUGAGAGUAGAGAUAAGCAUGUGCUUUUAUGUGCUUUAUGGUUUGGAGCAAAAAAGCCAGACAUGACCUGCUACUUCCAACCAUUUGUAGAGGAAUGUGCCAAUCUUUCACAAGCUGGCUUUGAGUGGCAACAUCCUAGUGAUCAGUCAUGGAGACACGUGAAGGUGCACCCAUUGUGCUGUGUGUGUGAUGCAGUAGCAAGGCCAUUACUACAAAAUUUUAAGCAAUUUAAUGGUGAAUAUGGCUGCGGAGUCUGCCUUCACCCUGGGGUGCAGAUGAGGAAAGGAAAAGGAAAGUCAAGGGUUUACACAUGUGCAGAUGAAAAACCAAGUGACAGAAAUCAUAAAACCACAGUAGAGAUAGGACAAAUUGCUGAAAGAGAAGGGACAACAAUAUUGGGCAUAAAGGGCCCAUCUGCCAUUGUAGAUUUACCAAACUUUGAUGUAAUCAAUGGGAUGGUCCCUGACUAUAUGCAUUGUGUGUUGCUUGGCGUGUGCAGACAAAUGGCAACUUUAUGGAUCGAUUCAAAAAAUUAUUCUGAGCCAUGGUACAUUGGCACACAAACAGCUAUCUUGGACAGACACCUCUUGUCUAUAAAACCUCCAGGUAUUGUUGCUCGAGUUCCAAGAUCUCUGACUGAACGCAAAUUCUGGAAAGCCCAUGAGUGGCAACACUGGCUUCUGUACUAUAGCUUGCCAGUUCUAAAAGGCAUACUUCCACAGAAGUAUCACUGUCAUUGGGCAUUACUGAUAGAGGGCAUAAGCAUUCUGUUGGGAUCUGAAAUAAAUACAGAACAGAUAAAUCAUGCCCAUGAGGCAUUAGUGUACUUUGUUGGAGGUGUGCAGUCGCUGUAUGGGGAAGAGCACAUGACAUUCAAUGUUCAUUCACUUCUGCAUUUGAGCAAAAGUGUUGUGCAUUGUGGUCCUUUGUGGGCGCACUCAGCCUUUAUGUUUGAAGAUUUCAAUGGAUACCUCCUGAAACAAGUAAAAAGUAGCCAAGCUGUACCACAACAAAUAUGCAAACGAGUUCUGUUUUCCCGAGCUUUUCCCCGUUUAGCAAAGCAAUUUUUAACAAAUGCAUUGGCAGAAGUUACAGAUUUCUGUAAUGAAAUGAGAACCGAAAAGCAUCAUGUCAAGAAGUUUGCGAAGUUCACUGAGGCUUUCACAAAGCCAUAA